GGAAAACCGACGGAGCUCUAGAUAUUUACAGAAUGACCACUGCCACAAUUAAGGUGCAAGACAAGUAAUUAUCGGACCCCUAUCAACCUAACUUCUAUUCUACACUGACAGCUGAUGUUUUGUGUAUAAUAAAAAAGUGCACUGCUAAGACUUUCAUCACCACGAUGUAAGUAGAGAGAAACAUCGGGAAAACACAACUUCUCGGUCAUAAUUUAUGACAAAAAUAUUUGACUUGGGCACAAAGAUAAAGGUUUAGUACUGAUCCCGAAUAAUUACGACUACUUUUAUGCUUAAAUUCAAAUAUUUUACGGAAGCUGACGUGAGAAUUAACAAAUUGCAGUUACAGCCAAUAAUUUCUUUCUUUACAGUUAUUUACAUAGGAUUGUUGCGUGUUCUAAUAUUUCAUGGAUGAAUGUAUCUAAGUGUUUUAUACCGGACAGUAAUGUGAAAUAUGCCACAGUGCAGUGUAAUUUCUGAAAUGUAUCUUCGAAGGCUGCUAAAACUCCUAUCAGGUUCCAAUCCACUGGAGGUCACUUAUGCAGAAAGUUUUUAUCAAGACCGCAAACCGCUUUUACAUUCACUUUCUGGCAUUCCUAUCGUUAAAGACGAAGACUUUUUCAAAUCACCUAAUUACAAAAGCUGUAUAUAUCAAAAUUUACAUUUCAAGAGAUAUUUACCAGACACUGUAGCAAACAGGCACAUUGAACUACAUGCGGAUGAAAAACAUUUUCAGAGAAUAAUUAAUGCUUACGUUUAUUCUUCAACUAACAAAUGUGCAAUAUCUGUUCCAAGAGUUUCAAGAAAGCGUUUGUAA